AUGGCGCAUAUAAUUUUCUUUUCAAAUCAGUAUACGAGAUCUAUCGUUUCUGAUGACUAUGCGGCACCACAGUUGAAACCUAAGAAAGAGCGCAUCAAAAGGGGAAAAGACGAGAAAGAAGCGGCAGUCGUGCUUACCAACCGGCAGACUCAAAAUAAUGAUGAUGAGCUUUCCGUAGCCAAAGAGCUUGAUAAAGUCCGAAAAUCGCUGAAAAGAGCAUGGAAACAGACACCAAGCGUUGAUUUCUAUUCCUUUGUCAUUGAUCCUAAUGACUUUGCCACCUCGGUUGAGAAUAUGUUUUAUGUUUCAUUUUUGGUCAAGGAUGGCCGUGUACGUCUAGCGUUAGGUGAAAAUGGACUCCCUGUGCUCUUGCACGUUUCCGGCGAAGAACGUGAAAGAUUACAUGUUGAUGAUCGGUCAGCAGCUGAGACACAUCAAGCCAUAUUUUCAUUCAAUUAUGAUAUGUGGGAGGCUAUGGUGAAAACAAUGAAAGAGCAGCAGGCAAUACGAUCUCAGAAUCCUCCAGAUACGUAA